UUUUCUCUGCUCCAAAAGACUCCAACCAAUGGCUGUAUUCAUGGCAGAGAGAAAGACUUCAGUGGUGGAGAAAGUUCUCUGGCACACCAUCGUUGUUCUCUGUGUCAGUUCAGGAAGAUGCAAACACUGCAGACAUUCUCUUCCAGUUUCCAUGGGGUGUAGAGGUGAUUGAGAGAAUAGCUAACAGAGGAACUGGUUUAUUAGAACAAUUAUACACAGAAACUAAGAAAAAUAUUCAGGGUAAAAUUGGAAGGCGUUUUGUUACUCCUAAUGUAAUUGAGAUGGUAGCUGGUCUAGAUGCAGGAAUGUUUGCCUAUUUAGUUGAAGCCAUCCAACAGAAGCAGAUUCCAGAUGCAAGUGGGAAAAGUAUUACAAGAAAGGUGUUGAGAUUGCACGCCCGCUUGGCACCUAUUAAACUAGCUAUUAUUUCAUCGAAAGCAGAUCGUGAAAUUAAAGAGGUGGCAGAGUAUUUAUCCAAAGAGUUUUGUCAGACUGGAAUUAAAGUUUUUCAUCUUGGUGAAUCCCCACAAUCAAUUGAAAAAGAAUUCUUUAGGUUUGAUGAGAUGGGAAUCCCGUUCUCUAUAGUCAUUGAUGAAGCCACACUAAAGACUGGUAUUACAGAAAUUCGACACAGGGAUACGACUAUGAAGCAACAAGUUCACAUCACUGAAGUUAAGGAGCUUAUACAGAAACACUUGAAUGCCUACUAAUAUGAGCUACAGCCACUUUAACGAAAAUAAUAUCUUAAUUUUUUGCUGUUUCAUUCAUUUGUCAAUGUUACGGCAGUUGGUGGUAGUUCAGGGAAUGAAUAUCUUGUGCUUAAACCAUAAUCUAGAUAAUAAAUAACUGCGACAUAUAUCCUCAUGUAAGCUUGAC